AUGGAGGACGAAUUGGGCGUCGCCGACUCGGCAGCCGUGCACGGCAGGGGCGCCCAUGCCGUGGUCUGGGAGGAGGAUGCCGGGGGGCUGGUCACCGUGACGCCUCACCCAGACGCUCCCUUCCUGCUCCCCUCCUUCCUGGAGGGCCUGGCCGACUUCCUGUCUGUCUGGCAGUCGGACGCCGGGCCGCGCUCUGUGCAGACCCACGUGGCCGAAGCCUCGGGGAGCGGCGAGGGCGCAGGCUCCUGGUCGGCCGAGACCCUGGCUGCGGAGCUUGCGGACCUGUGGCUCAGGGGUGCGCCCAGCGAGGCUGGCGAGGCUGCGACGGCCGGCCCUGCCCCGCCCACGCCCCUCUCGCUCCGCCUGGAGCGCCUGGAGCUGGGGGACGAGGAGGUCGCUCGCGUGGCGGCCUGGUGCCUGGCUCACCGCUCGCGGGCAGCUGUGCGGAAGCUGUGGCUGUUUGACAAUAAGUGCGGGGACAGGGGAGCGGUGGCCGUGGCUGGGAUCCUUCAUCUUGGCCUGGAGGAGAUACACCUAUCCCACAACCAGCUCACAAUGGUGGGGGCCCGGGCGCUAAUGGACAGCGUGCAGAGCACGCAGCCGCCCCCAGCCAAGCCCCUGUGGCUGCGCCUGGAAUGGAAUCGCAUCUCCCUGACCGACCUCGGGCAGUACCUGGAGGCACAGCAUGCGGAGCGGGGCCUCCUGGCGGACAUCCCCGAGGGACUUGACCCUGGGUCGACCCCUGCCCUGCCCCACGUGCCCUCCUACCUGGCAGCCUCGGCCGGCGACCGGCCCGGCCCCCGCCGGCCCUCGAGGGGCCCUCCCCCGUCGCGCAACAAGUUGCGCUUCCUGGUCCACCCCUGCCACGUGCGACUACCCUGGCUGGUCAGCCAGUUCGAGCUCCCCGCUGAGGCCGCCGUCCUACGCAGCGCCAAGCUGCAGUGGCAGGGGCCGCGGGGCGGGGAAGGCAACGCGAAUGAGGUCCCGGCCCCGGCCCCACCCCUCAACGCUGGGGACAAGUCGCCGUCGCCCCAUCCCCACCACGCCUCCUCCGCCCCGCUCCUCCUCUUCCCGGACACCUCGGCCCUGCUGGCCAUGCUGGGCGCCAGACGCAGCGCGGUCCCGCCCUGCUGGCUCACCCUGGAGCGACUGGCAGAGCUGACAGAGCGGGGCCAGUUUGGGCGCACUCUGCCCUCCAAUGAGCAGGUGUUCAUCGUGGUGACAGACUCGGUGGUGAAGCAGCUGGAUGGGCUCAAGGGCGAUGCCGGCUUCGGCCUCACCGUGCGUCGCUUCUUCUCCAAGGGCCUGGACACGUACGGCCCAGCGGGGCUGGACAUCCUCACGGUUUUGGGCGCCCACGAGGGCGAGGGCCUGCUAGUGGAGGCCGGGGCCGAGGUCACCGGCUCACGCAGCACCGCCGUGGCAACCAAGGGGCAGCGCACCGACCACCGCAUCGUGGAGGUGCAGCUGGCGCGAUCCCACGGCCUGCCCGCCUUGAAGCCCGCAGACCUGAACGAGGCCGAGGCGGCGCUGGCGCGCGGCGCCGCCGGCUUCACGGCGGGGGCCCUGCGCGCCGCGCUGGGCCAGGCGGCAUGCGCGGGGCUGGGCUCGGUGGCCAGCCACAACGCUGCCACGGAGUUUGAGGCGGCAGUGGCGGCCCUGCUGCUCGCCACCGAUGCUCUGCAGGACCUGCAGACCCGGCUCGAGGGCGUGCGGACCACAGUGCGGGCGGGCCAGGCCACGGGGGGCAACCCCGCUGCGGCUCUGGAGGGCCUGACGCGGUUGCUGGAUCCGGCCGGCCCCAGGGGUGACGCCGACGGCCUGGUCACUGAGCUGCGGGCGCAGCUGGCGCGAUGGAGCUCGCUCAACCGCGCCGGCCAGGGGGGCAGCCGCCUCUUGCGCUGGUCCGGGACCGCCGCAUCCUCGUCGGGGGGGACCGAGCAACUGGGCGCAGUGGGGCCGCCAGAGGAUGGGUUGCUGGUGCCUGGAGCAGGGCUGCCAGCACCCGGAGGAGAGGCGGGCUCGCAGAGCGGCGAGGAGGGUGAGGAUCGCCCGCAUGCGCAGCCCUGA